AUGAAACACACUAAUUACUAUGAUGUUCUCGGUGUUGAAACGAACGCUUCUGAAAGUGAAAUCAAAAAGGCUUACCGCAAGUUAGCAAUGAAAUAUCAUCCCGAUAAAAAUCCGGAUGAGAAGGCUUCUGAAAAAUUUAAAGAAAUUAGUCAUGCAUAUGAUGUUUUGGGUGAUCAAGAGAAACGUGAAUUAUAUGAUCAAUAUGGUGAAGAGGGAAUAUCUGGUGGAGGCGGUUCUAAUAUGUCACCUGAAGAAUUAUUUGCAAGUUUUUUCAGUUUUGGCGGAAUGGGAGGUGGUGGACCUUCAAGACAAAGGCGUGGAGAAGAUUUGGUUAAACCUUUCAACGUCACUUUGGAAGAUCUUUAUAAUGGAAAAACUACAAAAGUUUCUUUGCAGAGAGACGUUGUUUGCCCAUCAUGUCACGGUAAAGGUAGUAAGAGUGGUGCCACAAGAAAAUGUCCUAGUUGUGAAGGACGCGGAAUUAAGGUCGCCAUGAGACAAAUCGGUCCUGGCAUGAUUCAAAGGAUCAACACAUCUUGUCCAAACUGCGAUGGUGAAGGAGAAGUAAUUAGGGAAAAAGAUAGGUGCAAAAAAUGUAAAGGUAUUAAGACCAUAGAAGAAAAAAAAAUAUUGGACAUUUUUAUUGAGAAAGGUAUGCAAAACAAUCAAAAAAUCAUUAUGCAAGGUGAAGCUGAUCAAGAGCCCGGUGUUGAGACUGGAGAUGUAAUUCUUGUCCUCAAACUAGCACAACAUGAAAGAUUUGAACGACAGGGUAAUGAUUUACUAACGGAAGUUAAUAUCUCAAUUACCGAGGCACUUUGUGGGUUUUCAAAGGUUCUUGUUAAACACUUGGAUGGACGUGGGUUGGUUAUAAAUCAUCCUGCCGGUGAAGUGAUAAAACCUGGUGCUAUAAAAUGCAUAGUUGGUGAAGGCAUGCCACAAUAUAAACGACCGUUCGACAAAGGUAAUUUGUAUGUUAAGUUCACCAUAGAAUUCCCAACCGACAUGUGGAUAUCUCCGGAUAAAAUCAAGCAAUUAGAAACGCUUUUACCAAGCAGGAAAGUUGAAGAACUUUCCCGUCCAGAUGUCAUAGAUGAAGUACAUUUGACCGAAGGAGACUUUAGCGAGUAUGGUAACAAGAAAGCAAAAGGUGGAAAUGAUUUACUUUUAUUGUGGAUUUUUAUAACAUUGGAGGAAAAUGAGCCCAUAUUCGUAUUCUCCAUCAAUUAA